AUGGCCAACUCCACAGGGCUGACCACCUCGGAAGUCGUGGGCUCGGUGGGCUUGGUCCUGGCGGCCGUCGUGGAGGCAGCGGCCCUGCUGGGCAACGGCGCGCUGCUGGUGGUGGUGCUGCGCACGCCGGGACUGCGCGACGCGCUGUACCUGGUGCACCUGUGCGUCGUGGACCUGCUGGCGGCCGCCUCCAUCAUGCCGCUCGGCCUGGUGGCCGCGCCCCCGCCGGGCCUGGGCCGCCUGCGCCUGGGCCCCGCACCGUGCCGCGCCUCGCGCUUCCUGUCGGCGGCGCUGCUGCCCGCCUGCACGCUCGGGGUGGCCGCGCUCGGCCUGGCGCGCUACCGCCUCAUCGUGCACCCGCUGCGGCCGGGCGCGCGGCCUCCGCCCGGCCUGGUGCUCGCGGCCGUCUGGGCCGCCGCGGGGCUGCUGGGCGCGCUCUCUCUGCUCGGGCCGCCGCCCGCGCCGCCCCCGGCCCCGGCGCGCUGCUCGGUCCUGGCCGGCGGCCUCGGGCCCUUCCGGCCGCUCUGGGCGCUGCUGGCCUUCGCGCUGCCCGCCCUCCUGCUGCUCGGCGCCUACAGUGGCAUCUUCCUCGUGGCGCGCCGCGCAGCCCUGCGGCCCCCCAGGCCCGCGCGGGGCUCCCCGCGGCCGCGCUCCGACUCUCUGGAUAGCCGCCUCUCCAUCCUGCCGCCCCUCCGGCCUCGCCUGCCUGGGGGCAAAGCAGCCCUGGCCCCAGCGCUGGCCGUGGGCCAGUUUGCAGCUUGCUGGCUACCUUACUGCUGUGCGUGCCUGGUGCCCGCUGCGCAGGCUGCAGUGGCCGAGGCGCCGGUCACCUGGGUGGCCUACUCCGCCUUCGCGGCGCACCCCUUCCUGUAUGGCCUGCUGCAGCGCCCGGUGCGCCGGGCACUGGGUCGCCUGGCCCGCCGGGCACUGCCCCAGCCCCCGAGGGCCUGCACUCCGCGGGCCUGGCACCUGCCAGCACUUCUGCAGCACCUCCAGGGGCUUUCAGAGAGCCCUGCUCUACCGUCUUCUGAGGCACCAGAACAAGCCCCAGAUUUGCCAGGAGGGGAGAACCUGAGUAUGUCACCGGCCACCUGAGAGGACAUCGGUCUCCCAUGCUGAACUGAGACUGGAGAAAAGAUGGUGCUAUCAGAAGGAGCCCAUCCAGCCUCCUGCACAGUUCCUUCCGGGCAGGUGCCCUGCCUGGAUUUCUGGCUCUGGGACGGGGAGAAAGGGAGCCUGCGGCCUAGUGAGAUCAAGAGGCUUCUGGGAGCUAGGAAUCCUGGGUUCUGGGCCCUAUUCUGCAUAGUCUUGAAUACAGACCUACUCUUCCCUAGGCCCAUUUUCCCAUCUGUAUCCUGAACCAUCUCUGAGGGCUCCUUCAGUUUAGGUGGUUUGAACACUCAUGGAUAGUCCCCAGGCCAAAGAAAGAGAGGAGGUGUGCAGGGUCACCAAGACGAGGGCCCUAUGAGCUUACAGCCAAAGGGAUGGACCAAGCAGGGCAAGGUCUAGGUAACAGCCACAGCAGGAGGAACCAGUGGAGAGACACUCAGAAGGACUUUCCUGACAACUGCACCAAGAAGUGGCUGGACAAAGCUACUGGAACUCCUCUAUCAGCUUCUAAAAUGCCCAUAAAGCAACUUCAUCAGUGUGGUGCCAGGGGCAGGAGGCUGGACAACAUGAACCUAAAGGGCCCUGAAGCCCCAGAACUGGCAUGU